UGCUGGGCUGAAUUAAAGGCUGUUACUGCAUCGAUAUGCACAGGUCUUACCAGCCCUUCAACCCGGUCACCAGCCGCUACCUGCAGCAGCGAUGGGACCAGAGCCACUAUGACAGACACUGCAAAAAGGUGCGCUGUGCCCUCCCUGUAGUGGACACCAGGCGCCAACCGACACCCGCACAUAUUCAGCAUAAGCUUAAGAAAAUGCAGAUGGAGCUGGAACGACUCUUUUCAAUCGAGAGAGACAACCACCUUUUGGCUUCCAGGCUGUUCAACAUUGAUUGUUCCAAAGGCCUCGUGGACCACAGAAACCAGUACCAACCCAGAAGUCUGAAUGGCAGCAAAAGGAAGCAGGAGCUAGCCCUAAUCAGCCACCAAAAUCAAGCAAUUUACCAGCGAAUCAUAUCCUGCCGGUCUGAGUACUGCCACCAUGGAUUGUUAGCAGACUGGGAGAGGACGGAGCGUAUACUGGAAAACAUUUCCAGGUACCCAAAGGAGCUGGUAACCAAACGAGGAUUGGAUAGGAAGGUGAAGUUGCUUCAGACAAACAAGGCCAUUCUACCGGCUGCAGAAAGUCAGGAGCAGCCACAAUCCUGGAAACCACUAAAACUCAAAAGCCCAGAAGCGAGCUGUAGGUGGAAGAGUGUUACACCAUCAAACAUGUCUACAAAGCUAGUACAUGACUAGCUUUAAAGCGAUAUGACAUUCAACUUAAAUUCUUUCAAAUAACCAGUGUACAGUACAUACGUGUGUGCAUGUGUUGGCAUAACCAAUUGAUGACUGAUAGAUAGCCAAUGUAUCUUGAUGAUCUGAAUUAAUUGUAUCUGUAAAAUAACUUCAGAUAUGUGAUGUGAA